AUGACUUCAGCAUCAAGAGGAGGACAAGACAACGACGAUGACACUUGUAGCUACACCAUCAUUGAGGAUAGAGAGGCAAUACCAUUGCUAUCACUCUCAGAACCAGAGGCUGACAUUCUGAUCACUCGUCUCAGUCAAAACUAUACUCCACAAUCAUCAAUAACAACUCAACAAUUACAAACAAGUCUAAGUAGCAAUGGUAGUAAUAGUCUAAGUCUUGGAAGUAGUGGUAGUAACAACAACAACAACAAUAGAAAGGAUGGACCUCAAUAUUACAAUGCCAAUCUAGUAUCAAGUUAUACAAGUGAUGACUCUACGUUGGCAACGAGUUCAAAUCAUACAACUUUAUAUACUCCACCGCCAAGAUUGAUACCAUCACUUCCAUUCACAUUCCAUCGUGCACUCACUGUAGUAAUACUAGUAGUGAUCUACGUGGCCUUGAUAACUACAUACUUUGUAGUAUAUCCUCUGAUUGAUCAAUCAAACUUUGCACUCAAUCUAUUCCUGAUCAUUCGACCGGUGCCCGCCCUGGCACUGAUCGGAAUCAUUCCACUCUAUGGCAUCAACGACACAAAGACCUGGCGCUACUCAAUGUUCAUUGCACUUGGACUGAUGACCAGCAUCGUGGCCGACAUCUUCUUCUCGGUGGACGUGCAUCUGCUGUCCAGCACAUCAUCAUUACACGCGGCACUGGUAGUCUACUACAUGAUGCUGACGUUCACCCUGGUGUCCAGAGUGUUGUAUACAGUGGCCUUUGUUCUGGGCAUUGGAAAGAACAUAAGGAAGCGUCUACCAUACGCCGUACCAAUCUACUGUUUCUGCGCCACGAUGGUGCUGAUGAUCGUCUUUUCCAAACAGAUCGCACCGGUACUCAUCAGAUGGCAUAAUCCAAUACCAAACACAGACAACGACUCUAUAUCAUCAUCAUUCGAUCAAUCGGCAAUCGAUCCAACAUCAUUGGCAUUGGUCAUAAUCUAUGGAAUAGUGGAGGCCACACUUUUGUGGCGUGCCGUUGCGCUCACCAGCAGUUUCCCAGGCUCCAACCCAACCAAGAUACUACUAUGGCUCAGUGUACUUGGUUCAACAGUCUUUUGUAUCGCCGACACACUCACCGUCGUAUCACUGUACUACUAUCCCUUGGAUGGAAUAUUCUAUCUGAGCACCGGUGGAUAUUGGCUUGGACAUAUUCUGAUCGUCUUUUCAAUCCCACGACGAAUGGAAGUGCGUGACUACCUCGCCAAGUACUUCAAGGUGCUCAAAGAGAAGACUGGAAAGUUAGGUCUACCAUCAUUCGAAGCAUUGGGAAGCAACAGUCGUGACAACAGAGGUGUAGAAUAG